GCCCGAUCCAAUCAGGAGGCUGCACUUCCGGCCGUUGCAUGAUGGGAUUGAUGGCGGCGGUGUAUCCACGAACAUCGCACGUGUGUUGUGUUGUGUCAGCUCUGUCACAGUCGGAUUGCGUGCUCCCACGGGUUAUUUUUUUGUAGUGCCGCAACCUUUUCCAGCGUGUAGUGAACAUGGAAGAAGUUCACAACCAGCCAGCGCAUUCACGAAUGAAGCCAUCAAAGGCCGCACGCGUGGAAUUUAAUGACAGACUCAUAGCAGAGGUGCAAAAACGACCAGUGCUGCGGGACUGCUGCAGACCCGACUACAAAGACCAGCGCAAGAAGAUGACGGCAUGGGAAGAGGUGGCAGCCGAGUGUGGACGCGACCCGGACGGCUCCACUGUCCAAGCACGAUGGAAAAGUUUACGGGAUACAUUCACGAAAAAGCACCGUGCGUGGAAAACGGGCGCACCUAGUGGAUCCGGCGCAGACGGUUCCAACGACAUCCGCUGGCCUUAUUUCAAGCUCAUGAUCUUUCUUAAAGAUCUUGUAGACAUUGGCAGACUCUACUGA